AUGAAGGCGGUGCACUACGAGGGGCCGUUUAAGGUGUCUGUGAAGGAGGUCGAGAUACCCAAACUCCAGCAUCCGGAUGACGUAAUAGUAAAAAUAUCAAGUUCCGGGGUGUGCGGUAGCGACCUCCAUAUGUAUCAAGGCCGUACAGCAGCAGAAGCAGGUCUUAUAUUCGGGCAUGAGAACAUGGGGACUGUGGUUGAGAUCGGGUCGGGUGUGACGUUGUUGGAAAAGGGCGACCGGGUCGUCAUGCCGUUCAACGUAGCCGACGGAAGGUGCCGGAACUGCGAGGAGGGGAGGACGGCGUUCUGCACAGGAGUCAAUCCCGGGUUUGCGGGCGGCGCGUACGGAUAUGUCGCAAUGGGGCCUUAUCAGGGCGGGCAGGCGCAGUACCUACGCGUUCCGUUUGCAGACUUUAAUGCGCUGAAGCUGCCGAAGGGGACGGAGCAUGAGGCUGAUUUUAUUUUGCUGGCGGAUAUUUUUCCCACGGGAUGGCAUGGCUUGGUGCUUGCUGGGUUCCAGUCUGGCGAGAGCGUUGCCGUGUUCGGCGCUGGUCCCGUCGGAUUGAUGUCCGCCUACAGUGGUAUCUUGCGAGGCGCAAGCAAGGUGUUUGUUGUGGACACAGUCCCCGAGCGACUACAAGCGGCAGAGAAGAUUGGCUGUAUCCCGAUUGACUUCCGGAAGGGUGACCCUGUCGACCAGAUCAUCAAGCUCAAUGACGGCAUGGUUGAUCGCGCCGUCGAUGCUGUCGGUUACCAAGCUAGCGACUCCUCAGGCAGCAAAGAGCAGCCGAGUAUUGUACUCGAGCAGUGUAUACAGGUGACGCGCCCGACAGGAGGGCUAGGCAUACCUGGGCUGUAUGUCCCCGCCGACCCAGGUGCGCCAGACGAGCAGAGCAAGAGUGGAAAAAUCUUGAUCUCGUUUGGAAAACUGUUCGAAAAGGGCCUGUCGGUGGGCACUGGGCAAUGCAACGUGAAGGCGUACAACAGAUAUCUGCGCGAUAUGAUUAUAGCGGGCAAGGCAAAGCCCAGCUUUGUUGUGUCGCACGAGAUUGCCAUCGACGAUGCGCCAGUCGCGUACGAGAAGUUCGACAAGAGGAUUGAAGGGUAUACGAAGGUGUUGAUUCAUCCAAACGGACCCUUGAACUAGCCAGUCUAUUUAGCAUCUACUGUGUAUAGCAAUUCAAGGCAGGACUCACUGUCAACCCAUAUUUUGUGGAUGCUGUGAUUUUACACCUCAAUUCUCUCCCUAAACAAACCCUCCAUUCUCGACAAUGCGCGCCCUCUCGAUCUUGAU